GUGCUCGCCUGGUGACUGCGGGUGUAGGGGACUGGGCUUAACGGUCCCGCGGCGUGUCCCCUCUCCCUUGCCCGGCCAAUGCUCCCGUACAGCUCAGUUGCGGAAUUGUCCUCCCGCUCCCGUGGGGUUCAGGCCCGUUUGUGGGGGGCGGCUGCCGCUUGUCCCGCCGCCAGAGACCGCAGUCGUGGAGGCCGCUGGAGAGGCCCAGGGGGGCGGCAGGAGGGCAGCGACCCCCCGACUCCUGGCAGAGAGAGCCGGCGGUCACCAUGGCGAUGCGGGAGCUGGUGGAGGCGGAAUGCGGGGGUGCCAACCCGCUCAUGAAGCUGGCCGGGCACUUCACCCAGGACAAGGCCUUUCGGCAGGAGGGUUUGAGGCCUGGCCCCUGGCCCCCAGGAGCCCCAGCCUCGGAGGCGGUCUCUAAGCCUUUGGGGGUAGCCUCUGAAGAUGAGUUGGUGGCCGAAUUCCUCCAGGACCAGAAUGCGCCACUUGUAUCCCGUGCCCCUCAGACCUUCAAGAUGGAUGACCUCCUGGCAGAGAUGCAGGAGAUUGAACAGUCAAACUUCCGCCAGGCACCCCAGAGAGCCCCUGGUGUGGCCGACUUGGCCCUGUCGGAGAACUGGGCCCAGGAGUUCCUUGCAGCUGGAGACGCUGUGGAUGUAACUCAGGAUUACAAUGAGACUGACUGGUCCCAAGAGUUCAUCUCGGAAGUUACGGACCCUUUGUCUGUGUCUCCGGCCCGCUGGGCUGAGGAAUACCUGGAGCAGUCAGAGGAGAAGCUGUGGCUGGGAGAACCAGAGGGGACGGCCGCCACUGCUCGCUGGUAUGAUGAAUACCAGCCUGAGGAGGACCUGCAGCACACGGCCAGCGACUUUGUGGCCAAGGUGGAUGACCCAAAGCUGGCUAACUCUGAGUUCCUGAAAUUCGUGCGGCAGAUUGGCGAGGGGCAGGUGUCCCUGGAGUCCGGCGCAGGGUCGGGCCGAGCUCAGGCAGAGCAGUGGGCAGCAGAGUUUAUUCAGCAGCAGGGUACUUCAGAGGCCUGGGUUGACCAGUUCACAAGACCAGUAAACACAUCUGCUCUUGAUAUGGAGUUUGAACGAGCCAAGUCAGCUAUAGAGUCUGAGGUCGAUUUCUGGGACAAGUUGCAGGCGGAGUUGGAGGAGAUGGCCAAACGGGAUGCUGAGGCCCACCCCUGGCUUUCUGACUAUGACGACCUCACAGCUGCUUCCUACGAUAAGGGGUACCACUUUGAGGAGGAGAACCCCCUGCGUGACCACCCCCAGCCUUUUGAGGAAGGGCUGCGGCGACUUGAGGAGGGGGACCUGCCGAACGCUGUCCUGCUCUUCGAGGCGGCUGUGCAGCAGGACCCCAAGCACAUGGAAGCCUGGCAGUACCUGGGGACCACCCAGGCGGAGAAUGAGCAAGAACUCUUAGCCAUCAGCGCCCUGCGGAGGUGCCUAGAGCUAAAGCCAGACAACCGGACGGCACUGAUGGCGCUGGCUGUAAGCUUCACCAACGAGUCCCUGCAGCGGCAGGCCUGCGAGACCCUGCGAGACUGGCUGCGCUACACACCAGCCUAUGCCCACCUGGUGGCAGCCGGGGAAGAAGGGGCCAGCGGGGCAGGACUGGGCCCCAGCAAGCGCAUCCUGGGCUCUCUGUUGUCCGAUUCCCUGUUUCUCGAAGUGAAAGAGCUCUUCCUGGCAGCUGUGCGCCUGGACCCGACAUCCAUUGACCCUGAUGUGCAGUGUGGCUUGGGAGUCCUCUUCAACCUGAGUGGGGAGUAUGACAAGGCGGUGGACUGUUUCACAGCCGCCCUCAGCGUUCGUCCCAAUGACUAUUUGCUGUGGAAUAAGCUAGGGGCCACCCUGGCCAAUGGAAACCAGAGUGAAGAAGCAGUAGCUGCAUACCGUCGGGCCCUCGAGCUCCAGCCUGGCUAUAUACGGUCCCGCUACAACCUGGGCAUCAGCUGCAUCAACCUUGGGGCCCACCGUGAGGCGGUGGAACACUUUUUGGAGGCCCUGAACAUGCAGAGGAAAAGCCGGGGCCCUCGGGGCGAAGGGGGUGCCAUGUCGGAGAACAUCUGGAGCACCCUGCGUUUAGCCUUGUCUAUGUUAGGCCAGAGCAACGCCUACGGGGCGGCUGAUGCCCGGGAUCUGUCCACCCUCCUAGCAAUGUUCGGCCUGCCCCAAUGACAGUGGGAUGGGCUGCCCUGCGAGUGUUUGCCUGGAGGGGUGCCUGCUCUGGAUGUGAUCCCCUCUCCCCAAACGGGCCUACCAAGGGGGUGGGCUGAUGGCCACAAGCGGUACUGCCUCUCAGGAGCUGCCUCAGUGUAGGGGUGGGUAGUCUGGGUUCUAGUUCCUGCAUAAUUGUAGGAAGAUGAGCUGUGUUGUCGGAGUCCCUUGGUAAUUCAAGGGCUGUCCGUGCAGCUCCAGAUCUCUCUGCUCAUCACGCCCUUUCUUGGUGCUGCUUUUUGGGAAGGACCCAAAGAUACAGGUUGUCAUCUGCUGCCAUUUCUGAUUGGGUCUACCACAUUUGUAGCGUCUGUCCUCCCCCUCCUUUCUCCUUUUACUGGGACUUGAUGAUAGUCCAGCCUCCUCGCGCAGUGGUGUGUGGCAGGUUCUGUCAAGCGCCUCUGAUGACUGUAGGGUGGGACGUGUUAGGAGUUGGCCUGUGUGAUUUGAAUGUUGAUUUGGCUCAGCAGAGCUGAGGUUUUAGGGGUGCUCGUAGUUCUGUCAUUCUUGGACCUCUCCUGGCUAUAGCUCAGAGUCCCUGGAUAAUGCUGUGCGCAGUAAUGGGCGUCAUUACCAUAGGGGUCCUCAGGGGCUGCCGGGGUUAAGUUGCUACAGAGUGUUUGGGUGUGGGGAGAGGAAACCUCAUUGUGGAAUGAGCCUCGAAGGGACCACGUAGGCUCAGGUCAAGGGCUCUGGCUUGGGGGCCUGUGGAGGGAGGACAGAGCAGGUGGGACGAGGAAUGUCCUGAGUGCAGCCAUCCCCCUCCUCUUAGAAAGACCUGCGAGUAGGAAUUGAGCUAGCUCUUCUGGAAAGUUGGUUCAGAAAUUGCAGUCUUGCCAAAUUCCUGGCAGAGAGAGGGUUCAGUGUUACCUUGAGCCUUUGCUGUCCUUGAAAUGUUUGUAGCGGGGAGGGUCGGAAAAUCCCCUUCCCCCAUAUCACCUCCACAAGGCGAAGGCUGAGAGGAAGUGAGUGAGCAGCUUGGGUUCUGCCGGGGAGAUGCCCCGAGCCCAGAAACGACUGAAGCGGCCGGGAAGCCUCUUGCCUUGUCUUAGGUAGCUAAUGGUCAGAUUUUUUUUAAAACUACCGUGGUCCCAAGUUUCCAUCCUAAAAUUUAUUUUUCUUUGUAUGAAUAUGUGUAAAUGAUUUAAAAAAUUGUAAAAUAUUUGUAUGAGGAAUAAAUGGAACAGACAUGG